CCGAAAGAGAAAGUAUCAACUAAACUUAUCUCAACACUAAGCCUCUUUAGGCUAAUAAUGGAAUAGAACCUGAUGCGUAAGUGACCGCAACGAUUGGAUUGCCGGCAACCAUUUUUGCGUCCUGAAGUUUGGAUUGGUUAUUUCACUUGUCGAUCAGAGUCAUGCCCGAGUGAGAAAGUAUUCGCAUAAUCAGCACCGCUGUCAAGUGAAGAGGUAGGUUACUGUCAGCAAGGUAGCAUAUAUAAUGUUACCAACAGAGGUGAUCGGCUGCAGGUGAAGAUAAAGGUCGUUUGGAAUAAGUAAGAACAUGAACUUCUCCACGACUAAUUAAGUCAAGUGUUCAUCCACUCGGCUUUCUCGACCAGAGAGGAUUACCAUGGAGACCGAGGAUGCACGUGCUCAGUGUAACAUUACAAGAGAACCAUGCGUCACCUCAGUGAAGGGGUUAAAGGAGAACUGGCAGAAGUGGUCCAACGAUCAUCUGGAGUAUCAGAAACACAAUCCCUUCAGCAACGACCGGGCGAUGACGGUGCAGCUACAGCGAGGACAGGAAGGUUAUGGGAAGCCGCCUGAGGGCUCUAGAACCGAGGAAAGGGGAAAAGAAGCUAAUUCGCACGUCGAAAGGGAAGUGGAGGAGCUGUGCAAGGUGAUCAGAGACAUCGGGGAGAGCCGCGAAGACGGGCGGCCUGCUGUGGAAUUCGGAACAUUGUUCGAGCACUACGUCACCAUCUCCAACAAAGUGGUGGGGAUUUUGCUGCGCGCACGGAAACAGGGACUUGUCCACUUCGAGGGUGAGAUGUUGUGGCAGGGGCGUGACAACCAUGUCCUCAUCAGGCUUCUUCAAUGAACAAAAACUAGAGGUGCCCUUGCGUGGCAUCGUGGCAUGAGAUUACAAGAUAGUGUUACGUUCCACUUAAGACUGGUUUUCACCUUUAAAAGGAAUGAUAUAUUCCAGAUCUCUGUAGUUUAAUGGGUUUAGUCCAAAUGAUCUCUUGAGCCCCAUAAAAUAUCCAUACCCUUGCAAGAUGCAAAUGUGAAAGCAGACACCACGUGUCAGAGGCAAGGCUGUUUUACUGGUGCUCAAUGUGUAUACCAAAGCAAUUUUCUAAGUGACAAAGUACAUUCUACGUACUGUUUAUCCCAACUGCAUAUUCCAGAGGAGCUGCAGCAGUAACAGUCAAAUAAAAAUGUAAGCCUUGUGAGUCGCUCUGGAGAAAGGUUUCUGCUAAGGAGAUGAAUACUGCCAUGUAAUAUGGUUAGGGGCUAAGAAAUCGUUGAAUUAAUAGGGGAAUUAAAUUAAUUACUCAUCAGUUUGGACUGAUAUCUUCCGCCGCACAAAUUAAAUGUGACUCAACAUAUUUAACUAAUAAUAUAUUUUUGUCAUA